AUGGAGAAUGAGAUGCUCGCUGACUACCUUCAGCGGGAUGCAGAGAGGGCCUCCGGCCUGGAGGACACAGACGAGGCCAAAAGCAAAAUGCAGGCCUUGUCAGACCUCCCGUCAUCGCCUGUAGACAAGGGCAAGAAGGCUGUGUUCUCGAUUGUAAAAGAGCAGCUAAAGGUGGUCGACAAGGGCAGCAGCUGUGCUCUCAGUGACUUGCUUGGGGGUCCCGAAGCUGUUGCCCGAGUGUUCACGAUGUACCAAGGAUAUUUUGCACCUACCGUGCUUUUCGAUGCGAGAUCCCUAUGCGUCGCCUUGGAAUUUCUGUGGCGGCGGGGUCUGCUGGAGGACCAAGACCUGGAGCGAAUGCUGAAACCUCCGGAUGGUCUGAACCGCGGCCAGGUGCUUGGCUUGGUUGACCUCGAUGCCACGCGACAGUACACUGCAGAUGAGUUGAGGUCGCCGGCCGUUCAGAAUUCGGUGACUUCUGAGGCUGUGGGCAAGUGGGCUACGCCUGUCUUGAGCGCAUGGUGGCUCCAGACACCGCUUCGCGAAAGAGGCCAGCCCGGUGUGUGGACGGUUCGUCUGCCCCGAUCCGCAAUCCCGGCACCAGCGAUGACGCUUUUCAGCCAGCCGACCAUCUCUGACGUGGAAUCACUGCCGCUUCUCAUGGUGUUCGACCUGGAUGGAGUCUGCUGGUCUCCCGACAUGUAUCAGACCAAGGGAGGUGAACCCUACAGCCUGGUGGCCCCGGGCUUGGUCAAGAACUCGAAGGAUGAGGAGAUCCGGCUCUUCCCAGCGGUCCAAGCAGUUUGGAAGAUGCUUCACAGCCCAGAGGCCCGCUCGCGCGGCGUGCGCGUGGCAGUGGCCAGUAGCUCCCGAAGGCACAAGGCGGUGCCUUUGCUGAAAGCGAUGGAGAUUGUGCCCGGCGUGUCUAUGUGGGAUGUGAUCGAUCCCAGGCUGUUCGAGAUGUACUACCGGCGCGGCGAGGGCAAACGGCCGCACUUGGAGGCACUGCUCUCGAAGUCUGCCGUUUCUCCCAGUGACGUCCUUUUCGUUGAUGACGCUGCAGAGAACGUUCAAUCUGUAAGGUCCUUGGGUGUGCAAGCAGUGCACUUGCCACAGGGGCUGACCCAAGAAGCUUGGUCACUUGCGCUGGAGAGCUACGUCAAGUCCAGGGCGAAGUAA